AAGAAAAAAAAGAUCUACAUAAAACUUAAGAACAAUCGUUAGCAUCACCUUUAAACAUAAAGUUCUAUAUUAAUUAAAUACUUUAUAUAUCAUCAUCCUACAAAUUAUAAAUCACAAGUGAACCAAAACGCAAGAGAAACAAGGAGAAAGACACAUGGAGAACAACAUCCAGCAUAUGCCUCAUGAAUUGAUGAUUCAAAUUCUACUAAGGUUGCCGGUGAAGUCUCUUAUACGUUUCAAAUGUGUUUGUAAGUCUUGGUUUUCUAUUAUCUCUGAUCCUCAUUUUGCAAAUUCACAUUUUCAAAUUACACAGACCAGUAGAAUUGUACUCGUAUCAAAUCCAGAUCUUGAAACUCGUUCUAUAGAUUUUGAGGCAUAUGAUUCUGCUUCUGCUUCACUAAACCUUAGUUUUGUGGAUCCCCAAUCUCAUUUUGAUCUUGAAAUUAAAGGUUCAUGUAGAGGGUUUAUAUUUUUGCAUGGUAAUUCAACCUUCUAUCUAUGGAAUCCAUCCACUGGUGUUCAGAAACAAAUACCUUUUUCUCCUAAUUAUUCUCAAUAUUUCUAUUAUCCCUAUGGAUUUGGGUAUGAUGAGUUAAGAGAUGAUUACUUGGUGGUUUCAGUCUACUAUGUUACAACAGUAGAUGAGGAUGAUGAUUCACAUUUGGAGUUUUUCUCAUUGAGAGAUAAUACUUGGAGAGAACUUGAGGGUACUCACUUCCCUUAUUUGAACGCUAAUGAAUUUGAACCUAGAGGAGGGUCCUUCCUUAAUGGGGCUAUUUAUUGGUUGUCUUUUCGUCAUGAUUUAUCGAUGAGUGUUAUUCUUGCCUUUGAUUUAAUGGAACGGAAACUUUUAGAGAUGUCUUUGCCUGAUGGUUUUGACCCUGGUCCUACAUAUUGUGAUUUUUGGGUAUUCGGAAAAUUUCUCAGUCUUUGGGCUAAGAAGGAAGAUACAGUUGAAAUAUGGGUUAUGAAAGAAUACAAAGUGCAUUCGUCUUGGACUAAGACUUUUGUUCUUCCUAUCGAUGGCGUUCCAACUCGGUACUUUUCCCCAUUGUGUUGUACAAAAAGCGGUGAUAUAAUUGGAACAGAUGGUCGUGGAUUGGUGAAGUAUGAUGACAAUGGACAGUUUCUAGAGCAUCAUUCCUAUUGUAACAAUCCAAGUAGAUCGGGAUUCUAUGCGGCUAUGUAUACAGAGUCUCUGCUUUCACUCUCUAGCGACAAUGAUCAAGCUUAAGAAGAUGGCACAGACAAGAUGAAUGAGGAAAGCAAGGCAAGGCAAAAUAGGGGGGAUUCUUUUAAAACUGGUAUACAUUUAUAUCAUACAUUUGUAUACUUGCUGUAUAGAAACUGUGGCUUGUGCAAUGAAAGCAAGGCAAAAUAGUAGUGUGACGAGAGAUUGAAUGAAGAAACAUAGUAUGAAGGGUUCAUUCUCAUUGUGCACCUUAUGUGGUAAAGACAUUGCAAGAAGUCAUCGAAAAGUUUUUCCAAAGAAGAGAAUGCAACAAUAUAAUAUUUAAAAUGGAGUUAGAAGACAUUGUUGAAUUUGCAGAUGAUGAUGAGAAAUGUUAUAGUAUUGUAUGGUCCAAGAAAGAGUAAUAUGUUUAAAGUACAUGUUGCAUUCUUAUGAUGAAGUGUUAUUCUCUCCUGUUUCUGUUAUUCUCUCUUGUUAGGCUUUGAGCUUUUUAGCAAUUAACCAUCGUACUGAUUGAUUUACAAUUCUUUAUCAGAAUUGUAUUAGCAAUUUCAGUUAUAAUCUCAUUAUACUGUUCUAUUGAAUAUCAAUUGAGGAUUUCUUGCAUU